ACAUCCAUCCGCACAUACUGGAGAUCGGUGUUUAUUCUCUACGUCGUUGUUGUGAUGAAAACAUUUCUGCGUUCAAUCGGAUUAAUUCAUGUGCACGAGACGGAGUCGUUGUUUCACGCACGACAAAAGGGAAAAUAAUAAUAAUAAUAAUAAUAAUAAGCAUCCGCAGAUCGGACUUAUAUACGUGGAUCAGUCUUGAGGUGUAUGUGGAGGAGUGUGUGUGUGUGUUUGUUGCGCGUGUGCAGGUGAGAAGAGGACAGCGCGCGCUGUCCCUCGCGCAUUCUUCCUAGUUUACACAACAAGCUCACCGCACGCGCAGGUGGCUCGAAUUAAAACCUGUGUAUGCAUGCGUGUGUGUGUGUGUGUGUGUGUGAGACUGAGCGAUGGUGUUGAGGAUGGCGAAUUUCGGCGACACUAAAGAAAAAGACGACGGAAAUGCAGAUAUUCCUGCUUCAGAUCUAAAAGACAAUCAGACUGACGAUGAGUACAACAGCUCAGGAAGUGAAGAAUCAUCAUCAGAAGAAAGUCCGGAUGAAGAAGAGGAAGAAGAGAACGAGGAAAAUAAGGGGGAUUCAGGUCCGAUACUUUCUCAGUAUUGUAGCUUGUUCCCUGACUUUCUCUUGAAGUUAAUAAAAUAGAAACUAAGAUGAGAAGCUACAGCUUCUAAGAUGAGAAGCUACAGCAGUCCCGAAGUCCCGAAGACUUUGCUGUGCUGAAAAGCAUAAAGUUACAGUUUUACUUCUGACCUUUAAAAAAAGAAAGCACUGACUCAGGA